AUGAAGCGUUUGUCGUCUUUUUCGUUCGCUGUAAUAAGUUUAUUUGGGUCCCACGCUUUCUCAGUUCUAACAGACAGCAAUAUCAAGAACUCAACAGACUUAGACUUCGGUUCACUUGAUACUAAACAUGUAGACGUAUUUCGACAGUUACUAAAUCAAGAGACCCUGAUCCGAAUGACACUGGUGAAAAAUGUCCACGCACUGAUGAAAGACAUGGUCUCCCUUCAACAAAGUCUCGUGUCUUCAGAAAGCGAGAUGUCUUCGCUGAAAGAAACAACCACCAGAGAAAUAGGCGAGUUGAAGAAAGAGGUGCGAUCGCUUAAGCUGGAAAACAAUCGAUUAAGCAACAAAGUUACCAAAUGUAAUGAGAAUAUCGAGUCUUUGAAAGAAAAUUUAACAGUGGUUGACGCCAGUCGCCGAGUUUUCGAAACACAGCUGCUAAAGGAAAAACAAUUGUUUGAACAGAACACGUCCGGUAUCUUAGCCGACAUUAAAACUGAAGUUCGGUAUUUAUCCAUUACGCUUCUGGACCUCCAAAAACACAGUCUGGAAAUCGACAAGAAUAUUCCGGAACUCAUUGACAACAGAUACGAGUUGAUAUCAGGUAGACUUAAUGAUUCUUUGGAGGCUUAUAACACAGAACUGAGAUCAGCCAACGAUAAACUGAGUUUGACUCUAACUGAUCUACAGAAAAGUCAACAGACCAUGACAGAUUCCUUAUCUGAUCAUAUGAACAACACAAUAGAAGGCCUUCAAUCGGAACUCAAACAGACUCAGUUUGAACAAUUAAAACUCUCGUCUUCUGUGUCAUCUCUUGAGGUGUUCCGAUUGAAUUUUACCAACAAGCGGUGUGAUGUGUCUACAAAAGUUGCCUUCACCGCGGGUAUAACGUCCUCCGACUCUUCAUGGAGCGGAAGUACACUGGUUUUCCCCAAGAUAAUAUUUAAUACAGGUGGAGGUUACAACCCCACUACAGGGAUGUUCACGGCCCCCGUGGACGGGCACUACGUCUUCUUCGUCAGUGUACAGAGUUAUGGUACAAACGACAUUCGGGUGGACAUUGUAUUGAAUGGAGAAUCCAAGGUCAAGACAAUGGCAUACGACAGUGGUGGUAAUGAUUAUUACGAGGCAGGGGUUAACCUGGUUGUGUUAAAGCUUAAUCAGGGAGACAAAGUGUGGGUCAAACGUUAUACAGGCAAUGGAUACUAUUCCGACUCUGUACCUGUGACAACCUUCUCUGGAUUCCUUUUGUAAAAAAAAAAAUGAUUACAGUAUAUGGAAAAGAUGAGGACAAUGUGUCUAAUGGUAUAGUUUUCAUAUGUUCACAAAUUUAUAACAAGUCGAUUUUUUCGUAAUAUAUAGAUUCCCCGAAAAUAUUCCAAGACAUACAGUUGGUUUCAAUCGAGUUUUAUAAUGUUCAAGUGUUUGAAAGAGGAUCCAAAAUAAAUGAACUAUUUAAUGUUGCUUCCUAUAAAAAUUAGUUCAUUAUGAUUUAUUUGUCUUGUCUUGUAUUUUGACUUUUUAUAUUUGUAUAAUCAUGGGUCUUCUGAUUUUAUCAACUUUGUGAAUUUAAGUGCACAUUCAACUGCGAUAGCA